AUGUCGGUAAUCUUGGGAAUUGAGUGCACGUGCGAUGACACAGGCGUUGGUCUAGUUGUUGAUGGAAAACUAGUGGAUGAGAUCAAACUAACCAGUUGGGACUAUCAUUCAUCUCGACCCGAUAUUGAUAAAGCGUAUGCAUCAAUUAUGCACAAGAAGAAUAUUCCCAUUGCUGUUGAAACUGUUCUCACCAGAAACAACCUACGUUUAGCAGACGUAGACUACGUGGGGGUUUCCACUGAACCAGGAAUGAUGUCCAGCGUUUAUCAAGGGAUGAGAUAUGCUUUGUCCGCCUUUGAAACUUCUGCAACUAGAAAUAAAAUUAUUCCAGUUCACCAUUUGGAAGCACAUCUUUUGGUCGUUAGGGCAUUUUACUCAGAUGUCGAGUUUCCAUUUUAUUGUCUCGUUCUUAGUGGUGUUCACACUCAACUCUUCUAUGUCAAACGUUAUCGUCAUUAUGAGUUAGUGGAAGAACAAAAGGGUAUGGGAUUGGGAAAUGCUCUUGAUCUGGUUGCACGAAAACUAGGAUUGGACAUUAAAACUCAUGGUUCCGGAGGAAGAGCUAUCGAAGCUAAUACGAUAUACCCAUUCUGCAAAAAUGCAUCAACUGAACCAAAACAAAUUAAUGACUGGUCUGAAAUUAUGAAUUUUGAUGAAGUUGAUGGUAUUGAAUGCACUUACUUUCAUCAUAUCUUGGGUUUACUGAAAAGAAACAUCAAAUAUCAACCCGCACCAGAAGUAUCGUCCGAACCAGAACCAUCCUCAGAAGUUCAAGAAUCAAAGAAAAAAGAACAUCCAAUGGCACAACAGAAGACGAAGCUGGUUAUUUGUGGAGGUGUCUCAGCAAAUCAACAUAUAAGGUUAUUUUUGCAAGAGAACAACAUUGAUGUAUUUGCGCCACCUAUGGAGAACUGCGUGGAUAAUGGAGGAAUGAUUGCUUGGUCUGUCUACGAGAUGUUACGUCAUAGGUUAAAUCCGUCAAAAGAACUCGUUCUUAGGCAUCGAUCAAAGAUCGAAGAUCUGAAGAUGAGUUCGAAUCGAUAUAUUUCUGUAGAACAGGCCGCAGACUUGAUCAUCAAUAAAAAAGUUGUCGCAUUCCCAACAGAAACAGUUUAUGGAUUGGGAGCCCGAGCAGACUCAGAUGAAGCAGUGAACCUCAUAUACACUAGCAAAGGUCGUCAUUUCAACAACCCUCUGAUUAUUCACAUUGCGAGUUUGGAACAACUCGAACAACUCGUCCCAAAUUACAAAACUUUAGGGGAUAAAGUACAAAAAUGGAUUGCGGAAUGGCCCGCUCCGUUAACCUUGAUUCUUCCAUAUGAUUAUGUAUCUGCUCCGUACAAAGUUUGUAAGAUGAUUAACAAAAACUAUCCAAACACUGUAGCUGUACGAAUGCCAGAUAAUCCCAUUGCACUUUCUUUGAUUCAAAAAGCAGGACCUAUUGCAGCCCCAUCUGCCAACACAAGUGGAAAACCAUCUCCAACAACGGCAGAGCACGUUUGGAAUGACUUAGGAGAACGCGUAUAUGGAAUUGUCGACUCAUCCGAACAUUGUCAGUAUGGCAUUGAAUCAACCAUUAUUGAUCUUACUACAUCGAACAAAGCAACGGUGUUGCGUCCAGGAUCGUUUGUAUGGUGUCAAUCUACUGAUUCGAAAGGUGAUUGUGAAAAUAAGGAUAAUGAGAAACCGAAGGCGCCAGGUAUGAAAUAUAAGCAUUACAAACCUGAUGUUCCGUUGAGACUAAUUCGGUCUAUUGAUGAAGUCAGCGCAGCUAAGCAACGGGGACUACGAGUCGGAUUCAUUCAUUGGACAGCACAUGAGUUAACGCCUGAGAUAUGUAAUUCUGUACGUGCAAUGUAUUUUGUAGCCGAAAACUCAGAUUCACAAAUGUUACAACGAUAUUUAUAUGCUGCUUUAUGGACAUUAAAUGAUACGGCCAAUCUCGAUGUUCUUAUGAUAAAUGUAGAUGGUCUUGAUAAUGAAGGUGUUUUAGACAAGCUAAACAAGGCUUCCGAGUAA